AUGAAUUCGCCAUAUCGAAUGGAUGACUGUUUGGUGCUGGACACAGCUGACAUGAUCGUUAUUGAUUACAACAACAACAACAUCGUCACGAACAACAACAACAACAACAACAACAACAACAACAACAACAACAACAUCUUAAAUGAGGUCAUCAACAUCAAAAACGUCAAUAUAACCGGCAACGAGUUUAGUGGUAGCAGUAGUAACGACAACAUCGACUGUAGCACCGACGGACAUUACAACAUUUCAAUGCUUGUUCAAACCGGAACAAAAUAUAUCAACAACGAACAUCACAACAACAACAACAAAAAUGAAAACAACAACAACAGCAACAAUAACAAUAACAAUGACAUCAUCAACAACAACAACAGCAGCAGCAGCAGCAGCUACCACAGCGACGACAUCGUCAAUCGCAAUUAUAUCGUUGAAGGAAGAAUACUUAAUAAGAGUUUCUCCUUCUCAGGAAAUGACAAAUUAACUUAUCAGCGAUACCAAUUUAGUAGCAGCAACGACAACGACUCGUCCAGUUUGUCAUCCAUUCUCACUGGACUGCCUGAAAGUACUGUAGAUUCCGACGACGACGACGAUAGUGGCCGACGUGGUGGCCACCGUGGCCUCUGCGAUGGUGAUGAUGAGUCUGAUGAUGACGGGUGCUAUAGCGAUGAUAAUAAGGUUGGCGUGUCAGAUGAGGUGUUGGACGCCCUGAAGAGCAAUCCCAAAACAGACCAUGACGUCGACCUCAUACUCGGACUUAUACAGCAUCUGCCUGCCUUCAACAACAUGACCCUAAACGUCAAACGACUCCUCUGCCAGCGCAUGCAGUUUGGUCAGGUGACCCUCGACAAUGACGUCAUCAUGAAAAAUGGCGCUCAGUUCGAUACGUGGGUGGUCAUCUUGAAUGGGUGCUUGGAGUUGGAAAGCGUUGACGAGGGGGGUGUUGGUGGCCAUGGGGACACGAUUGUUGAACUAACGCAGGGGGAUAGUUUUGGGGUGAAGCCCUCGAUGGAGAAGCAGUUUCUGAGGGGUACGUUGAGGGUGAAAUCUGACUGCUGCCAGUUCGUCGCCGUCACCCAAGAAGAUUAUUGCAACAUAUUCAACGAGGGUGAAGAGGACUUGAACAAGGUGAAGGUGAACGGCGAGGUGGUGCUGGUCACUGAGAACAGGAAAGUUGAAGGACGGGAAGAUAAAGUCAACGUCAUCAUCAGAGGAACUCCAGAACAACUCCUCAAAGAACUCUUUGGCACGACAGCUCCCAAAGACCCAAACUACCUGCAAGAUUUUUUACUCACAUACCGAACUUUCUAUAGAUCGACUGCACAACUCGCCUACAAACUGCUAGACUAUUUCGAGAAACCUGAAUACAGAGAAAAGAAAGAUGAUAUCGAAAUUCCAAUUUUUCCACCUGUGUUGACAUACACCGUUGCAUUUUUACGCCUAGGCUACAAAGCUCUACUCAAGUCUCAGAAACUCAAUCCACCCAUGAAAACCAUACCACCACCACCAACAACAACAACGACCCAAACGACGACGACUUCACUACAUGCAACGGCCACUACAACGACAAAAUCAACAUCAGCAACAACAAAACUAACCCGUGUUUCUUCGCCUACAAAAUUUCUCGAAUCGAACCACCACUUGGCCCUGAGGGUAGGAUCUGAACUUCCCCCCCAUGACCUCGAAGACCCUGGCAAGCCACCCAUGUUUGAAAAAAUUAAAAAUACUUUCAGCAAAAUGAGAAAAACGCAGAAGAGUACUCAUGAAAUAGCAAACCUUGUAACAAGCAACAACAAAAACACCAGCAACAACAUCAGCAGCAGCAACUACAACGGCAACAGCAAUAACAACAACAAUUUUUCAGUCAUGCGCAAAAUAAGCAACAGCACCAGCCAUCCAGACCUUACUCGUUUAAGUGCUCUCAACGACAACAUCAACAUCAACAACAACAUCAACAACAACAAUCACAUCAAUCACAACAACAAAAUCAUCAACUCAAGUUCUGACCAUCUGAACCACAAAGCUGUGGUGAUCCCGAGAACCGCCAACGAUAUUACACCAAAUAGAUUCAGUAACACAAGUAGUAUUAGUAACAAUAGUAGUAGCAGUUGUACAAAUAUUAGAAGUAGUAGUGGCAGCGUCAGUAGCUGCCACAGAGAGCCAGCAGAUUGGGGCGUCUUGAAGAUAUAUAGAGAGGACCAAUCAUACAAAUUCAUCUUAGUUGACAAGGAGAUGACCGCUCAGCAAGUUGUCAUGCUGGCCGUCAAAGAGUUCGUCAUUCCCCAGCAUUGCAGUAGCAGGGAUUUCGCCUUAUACGAAGUGACCUUGCACGCGAAUAACUUUGUAAAACAGAGGAGACUACCAAAUUAUUUGAAGAACCUGGUCGAAAGAUCGUCACUGCUAUCCAGAUACUACCUGAAAAACAUAACGGACGGCGAUAUAUCGUCGCCUUUGCUACCAGACGACCAAGUUGAUGACUUCAAGAAAGAAUGCCAGAUAUCUUUUCUAGACCUCAACUGCAUUGAACUCGCCGUGCAACUCAGCCUCAAAGAUUUUGACCUCUUCUCUAAAAUUAACCAAACUGAAUUUAUCAACGACAUUUUCAAACUCUCCCACAAUAACACGAUUAAGAAAAAUCCGAACAAGUCUCUCGCCUUGACCGUCUCUUCUAAUCAGGAUUUUGAUAGCGAAUCGUGCGUUAACCUGCAUAAUUUUGCUAAGCUGUCAAACGAGGAGAUGUUCUGGGUAGUGACCCACCUUGUCAACGAGCAGAACACAAACUACAGAGCUAGAGCCAUCAAGCACUUUAUACAAAUAGCCAAACAUUGCACGGACUGCAGAAACUACAACUCGGCGUUCGCCAUCAUCAGCGGCCUUGGACACCAAUCAGUGACGCGUCUGAAAGCCACGUGGGACAAGCUGCCCGCCAAAUCUAUGAAAUUAUUUGAGGAUCUACAAAGAUUGAUGGACCCAACUAGAAACAUGUGUAGGUACAGAAAUAUCAUUAGCAACCAACAAGCACCCAUUAUCCCUUUCUACCCGCUGGUUAACAAAGAUCUGACGUUCAUCCACCUUGGGAACGAUACCAUCAUAGAUGGGUUGGUGAAUUUUGAAAAGUUACGAAUGCUCGCCAAGGAACAGACCAUCAACUACAUCUACUUAUCUACACUUGUCGCUCAGAAGCGCGCCACGCCGACAUCAACGACACACCGCAGCCACAUCAACUCGACGGCUAGCGUCAUUCUCGCAAGCAGCAGUAGCAGUAGCAGCAACAACACCUUUUCAUUUUCUAGUAGCGGAGUUGGAUUGAAUAAAAAGAAAAUUUUUGAAGCCCAGCAGAUGAGCAGACGUGUAAAAUACUACCUGGAGCAUUAUAAACUUGUUGAAGAUGAAAACCAACUGGCCGAGAUGUCAAAUUGUUGUGAAUGUUCCGGUAACAUGUUGAAGAAAGCCGAUGGCUACAGCUCCAGUAACCUCUCAAAAAAUCUCCACUCUCCAAUCAUCAACAUUAAAAAAUUUGACUCGGACUCUCCGGAGCACAUGAGGAAGAUGCAAGCCCUCAGCACCGGAUCCAAGCCCUUCGAAGGAGCGUCCCUAACCAGCAAACUGCUGAGCAACAGCAUCAACGUCAACCUCACCACCAGCAACAACAACAACACUAAAAAAUCUAACAGCGGAAUUAAUGUCAACUUGAAAACUACAAAAAGCAAUUUAAGUAACAGAAGUAUCAAUAGUAACAAUAGUAGCAGUAGUAACAACAGCAGCCACAAAAACAACAUGAACGCCACGACACAGAUUUCGUCACCACGGUUAAGAAAUUUGGAACGUGGAAUCGAGCCCGUCCUAGAAAGGAGUAGACCCGUUGUACAAAAGAAGCGAACAGUAAGAUCGGAGAGCGCCACAAAUUUUCGCCAGUCGUUGACGUCAUCAACUACGUCACCGUCGCAACAACCUCCACCGUCUCGUCCUCCUCUUCCUUUCCAUAAUUAUCUUCAACAACAACAACAACCUCAUCAACAACAACCUCAUCAACAACAACCUCAACAACUGCAACAUCGAAAUAAAAAUAUUGACGAAACAGACUCGGGCAGGUUUUCAUACUCUGGCGAUGAGAAGAGUGUUGGCUCAACGAAUUCCACCCACGGAUCGCCAUCCGUGUCGACUUCAUCUUCACUUGCUAACAACUACAAAGCUCUACAUUCAAACAACAACAACAACAUUACCUUCAGAAAUAAAAAUAAAACGCUGAUGGCAAACAGCGUGCAACAACAACAACAGCAGCUGCAACAGCAGUUACCACAACAACAAUACAACAUCCAUGUACGCAAUCAACACCAGCAACAGCAGCAGCAAAUACAGCCGCCGCAAGCACCACAGCAAAAAUCUUCGCCGUCUUCAAUUUCCGUUGAAAAUAAUUUCAAAUUUCUGUCGCAUCUACCGACGAAAGCCGCUAACGUAAAUGUGCAAGUGUCCCGUGGCGAUUCGCGUGACGUCAUCGUUAAAAAGCCCGCCGGCGUCUUCACAUUUCCAGAUCUUGAAAUCGGAAACCCUGCAAUCCAACGCAAGAACAACAACAACAAUAACAACAACAACAAUAACAACAACAACAGCAACAACAACAGCAACAACAACAGCAACCAACAUCAAUUCAGAUUACUAUAA